GUUUGGACUGUACUCCCUACUGCAACUCUCCAUCUGUUCCCCACCAAAUUUGCCCAUAGGCUGAUGAAAAAACAACAACAAAAAAACAAAACAAGAGGCUUUUAUUUUUGUGGAAUUUUGCCAGUGAUUGAGCUCAUCCAUGAACUGGGACACGGUGAAAGAACUCGUAGUAUAGUCGUCGCCUUGCAACUCCUAUCUUUGACAUGUGUGCAUAGCCACAAAAAGCCAUUUGGCAGCAGCUUGCACAGGAGGUGAAUUUUCCCGCCUUCUUUUUUUUGUUCUCUUAAUUUUUUUGGGGUGCACAUUUGUUUUUUUACAUCAGCAAUGGCUGACAGUAAUGCAGAAUGCAAUAUCAAGGUGUUGUGUCGUUUUCGUCCACUCAACCGUUCGGAAGCCCUCCGUGGAGAUAAGUUCAUACCGAUAUUUCAAGGGGACGACACCGUCAUCAUUGGGGGGAGGUCCUACGUGUUUGACCAGGUGUUCCCCACCAACGCCACCCAGGAGCAGGUCUACAACACCUGUGCCAAGCAAAUUGUCAAAGAUGUUCUGGGUGGCUACAACGGCACCAUCUUUGCCUAUGGCCAGACCUCCUCUGGAAAGACACACACGAUGGAGGGAAAGCUCCACGACCCCCAAGGGAUGGGCAUCAUUCCCCGGAUUGCCGAAGACAUCUUCCAUUACAUAUUUGCCAUGGAGGAGAACAUAGAAUUCCACAUCAAGGUAUCCUACUUUGAGAUCUACAUGGAUAAAAUCCGUGACCUGCUGGACGUGACAAAAACCAACCUGUCCGUGCAUGAAGACAAACACAGAGUUCCUUACGUGAAGGGAUGCACAGAGCGCUUUGUCACAAGUCCCGACGAGGUGAUGGACGUGAUAGACGAGGGAAAGGUGAAUCGCCACGUCGCCGUCACCAACAUGAACGAGCACAGUUCCCGCAGCCACAGCAUCUUCCUGAUCAGCAUCAAACAGGAGAACGUGGAGACCGAGCUCCAGCUGAGCGGGAAGCUUUACCUGGUGGACCUGGCCGGGAGUGAAAAGGUCAGCAAGACGGGGGCAGAGGGAGCGGUGCUGGAUGAAGCCAAGAACAUCAACAGGUCCUUGUCGGCCCUCGGCAACGUCAUCUCCGCUUUGGCCGAAGGAACGAAGCCUCACGUGCCGUACCGUGACAGCAAAAUGACGCGCAUCUUACAGGACUCACUCGGGGGGAACUGUCGCACCACCAUGUUUAUCUGCUGCUCUCCUUCCAGCUACAAUGACACAGAGACCAGGUCCACGCUCAUGUUUGGCCAAAGGGCAAAGACCAUCCGAAACACUGUGACGGUGAACCUUGAGCUGACGGCCGAGCAGUGGAAGAGGAAGUACGAAAAGGAGAAGGAGAAGAACAGGUUGCUGAAGGAGACCGUGCAGAGGCUGGAGGCUGAGCUUGGCUGCUGGAGGAAUGGCGAGAUUUCCACCAUGUUGGAUCAUGACGAUCAAAGGUCAGAGGAGGAAGAAGACUUUCUGCUACUGCCGCCACCCGACUGUGAGGAACCGGUGCUGGAUAUCUGCAGCCCUUGCUCCCUCGCCUCCUCCAUUGUGGUGCAUAUCUCGGAGGAAGAGCGUCACAAGUACGAGGAGGAGAUCCGGAAGCUUUACAAACAGCUGGAUGACAAGGAUGCUGAGAUAGACUACCAGAGCCAGAUGGUGGAGAAGCUGAAGGAGCAGAUGCUGAAGCAAGAGGAGUUCCUGGCAUCUUCCAAGGGUGAUGGCGAGCGGGUGCAGUCGGAGCUCGGCAGGCUGCAGUCGGAGAACGAGUGCGUCAAGACGGAGGUGAAGGAGGUGCUCCAGGCCCUGGAGGAGCUGGCGGUCAACUACGACCAGAAGAGCCUCGAGGUGGAGGAGAAGAGCGUGCAAAACAAGCUUUUGGCUGAGGAGCUCGCCAAGAAAAUGGCUCGCCUCAUGGCGUUGGAGGUGGAGCUCUCCCGCCUUCAGGAGGCAAGCCGCCACCAGAGAAAACGCAUUGCAGAGGUCCUCAACGGGCUGAUGAGGGACCUGAGCGAGUUCAGCGCCAUCGUGGGCAACAGGGACAUCAAACUGUCUAUUGAGUUCUCGGGCGUCAUCGAGGAGGAGUUCACGGUCGCCAGGCUCUACAUCAGUAAGCUUAAGUCGGAGGUGAAGUCCAUGGUGAAGCGCUGCCGCCAGCUGGAGAACCUUCAGGCUGAGUGUCACCGCAAGAUGGAGGAGACGGGCCGAGAAAUGUCCUCCUGCCACCUCCUCAUUGCCCAGCACGAGGCCAAGAUCUGCUCGCUCAGCGAGUACACACACAACAUGGAGAGGAAGAGGAGACAGUUAGAGGAAAGCUACGACUCUCUGGCAGACGAGCUGGACAAAGUCCAAGUUGGAGAGGCCUUUUCACAGUUGGUCAGGAGGGAGAAUCACUCAGUCCAGGAACCCUGUGACAUCCAGGUUCUGGAGCAGCAGAUGGAGUCGCACCGCGCGGCGCACAGCAAGCAGCUCAGCCGUCUGCGAGACAAGAUCAAUGAGCAGCAGCGGCUCAUCAACGACUUAACAGACUGUAACCAGAAACAAGAGCUGGAGCUGGAGCAACUGCACGGAGACUUUGAGUGUCUCUUGAGCCGAGAGCAUCAAACGAGUCGACAGCUGGAGGAGCUGACAUUCCUCCACGAGCGACACGAGCAGUCCAAGCAGGACCUGAAGGGACUUGAAGAGACGGUGGCUCGAGAGCUGCACACCCUCCACAACCUGCGCAGGCUGUUUGUUCAAGACCUCACCACUCGAGUGAGAAAAAGUGCAGUGCUGGAGCCUGAUGAUGGUGGAGGAUACAUCACCCAGAAGCAGAAGAUUUCCUUUCUGGAGAACAACCUGGACCAGCUGACUAAAGUCCACAAGCAGCUGGUACGUGACAAUGCAGACCUGCGCUGUGAGCUUCCCAAACUGGAGAAACGGCUUCGGUCUACAGCUGAGCGAGUCAAGGCGCUGGAGGGGGCGCUGAAGGAAGCCAAAGAGGGAGCCAUGAAGGAUCGACACCACUACCAGCGGGAGGUGGAGCGCAUCAAAGACGUGAUGCGCGUGCAAAAUCCCUUUCGUCGCCCUUACGCUGCACACAUAGCCAAGCCUGUGCGCCCUGGCCACCAGUCGCCCACUCAUGCCGUCUUCAUCCGAGGCCACAGCCAUCGCCCUGUCGCCCUGACGGAUGUUCCUCACAACGACCCACAGCCUCCACCUGCUGCUGCUGCCGCUGCUACGGAACCAGAAAGUGACCAUGCUGCUGUUGAAACCAACCAGAACCCGCCUGCCAAGUGCUUGGACCAUCAAAACAACGCUCAGAACUUGCCUCCCGCAAGCCAAACGGACAGUGCAGAGACGCUCGAUUCAGAAAAUGGAAACACCACAGACAUCAACGACAACCGCACGUGUGUGAACGUCAACGCCAUGUCCAUGACUGACAUCUGUGACAACCGCAACCCAAGCAAACACAGCAACUUGCACUCCAACGCCAGCUAGUAGAAAGCCUGCAAGAUGAUCGACUAUCUGGUAGCUCCAUCCUCACCUGCUGUCAACCCACCUUCAACUUCUUUGGUGCGCCUUCCUGUCCCCUGCUGCUCCCUCUUCUUCUUUUUCUUCUGCUUCUGUCACUUCCUUCCUGGGCGACGUGGCAAGGACUGCUAAACAGAUGUAGAUGUGGAGGUGACCACUGCACACUGCUGUUUGUCACAGCCUAAUAUGUUUGGUAUAAAUAUUCAUGUUGCAUGCUGACCCAAAAAAACAGAACUCAUAAAAAUGGCAUAAAUCCUUACAAACCUUAAAAUUCAGUCUGAUCAUUCCCGACAUGUUCAGUUAUCCUGGUCGCUUUUCUUGUAAGUCACGUUAUUUCCAAUAUAUGCUCCAAGUGGGCGCGUCUGUUCGAUGGCAGAAUUGAAUGAACGGAGUGAACCCUCCUGUCGGUCAUCCACAAUCUUUAUCCCUGGGACUGCUGGCUUGCACCAGAGACAGAGUCUCGCUAGAUGCUGGUGAGACGCGCCACAAAGUAACAACAAUUAAAGGCCUCGAAUUGUAACUUUUUAAGGCCAAUGCUUAAAGGUUAUUGUUAUCAAUAUUGAAAUCAUGAUUACUGAUUGUUAAGUAAAGCAGUGUUGGGGUGUGAACGUAAUACCACCAUGUCAUUUGUAAUGUCUAAUAAAAAGACCAUAGAUAAAUGUUAUCCAUAUAUUUAUAGACAAAUAUUAGUUUUUUUUAUUCUUUAAUAACAUCAACAUGUCAGCUUUUUGUUAUUCCAUGAUGCCUUUAUCUCUAUUUUUACAUUUUGAUAGAGGGAGUUUUUAUUUAUUUAUUUAUUUUUUAAAGUUAUGUACAUGUAGAUGAUGUAUUGGGACAUUACCAUUAAGAGUUUGAGCAGAAAUAUGUCGUAUAGUAAUUAACUAUACACAAUAACACAUUAACAAAAUGCUGUGUCACAUGAAUGGUUUUUGAAGUAACACCUUAGUGACAUUAAAAAAAAACACAAUUAAUGCAUAAAAGAUAUCAAAAUAUUGUUAAAUCUCUCUGCCAUUGAAAUCUCUGCGGGGUUCGUAGUUGGCUGGAGUAUUCUGUCAAGUAAUGGUGGUGACAAACCCCAAGAUAUAAUAUUCCAGCACUGACUGAAGGGCAAGGCAGGUAUAAAUAGCGGCCGACUGAUUGACACCAGGUGUGGCCAGGUGCCAAUCAGCCGCAGCUGAGGGGAAACAGCGCUCAGGGAGACAAGCAGGAAACUGAACAAAAAUAAGAGCGCUGAGAGGAAAUAAAACACACAGAGGAAAAACCAAAACAUAACCAAACUGUCAGUGACAAGCCUGACAGUGAUAGUUUUCCCCAAAAAAUGUGGAGGUGUUAAAAUUGCCGUGUAAAUUUGCUAAUGCUAAUCCGUAGCGUGUCGAUAGCAAAGCCAAUUUAUCUUAGCAUCAAGCGAGCGCAUUUUUUUGGAAAAGUAGACCCUUACUUAACUUACGUCGGAGCGUUUUUUUGAGUCAGUUUCUUUGUUGCCAUUGAAAAUUGCAACAUUACCUUCUUAGCUCAGUGCUGCUGGAGUGACCGCCAAGUGCCGAAGUGCAAAGAGAAAGUCGGCACAGUUAUAUUUUGCGUGAAUCAGUGCUGGUAGGAUCGGCAGGAUCAGCCGGUGCCAAAAAAGUGUCGGAUUUGGUCCUCAUCCCUACACCCAACCCAAUUUUGCCAACUUUUCAUUGUUUGUUUACUUAUUUAGGAUACCGUAUUUUCCGCACCAUAAGGCGCCCUGGGUUAUAAGCCGCGCCUUCAAUGAACGGCAUAUUUCAAAACUUUGUCCACCUAUAAGCCGCCCCGUGUUGUAAGCCGCAUCUAACUGCGCUAAAGGAAUGUCAAAAAAACAGUCAGAUAGGUCAGUCAAACUUUAAUAAUAUAUUAAAAACCAGCGUUCUAACAACUCUGUUCACUCCCAAAAUGUACGCAAAUGUGCAAUCACAAACAUAGUAAAAUUCAAAAUAGUGCAGAGCAAUAGCAACAUAAUGUUGCUCGAACGUUAAUGUCACAACACACAAAAUAAACAUAACGCUCACUUUCUGAAGUUAUUCUUCAUUCAUAAAUCCCUCGAAUUCUUCUCCUUCGGUGUCCGAAUUGAAAAGUUGGGCGAAUGUGGGAUCCAAAAUGGCCGGCUCCGUCUCGUCGAAGUAAUCGGAGUCAGUGUCGCUGUUGUCCAGCAGUUCUGUGAAUCCUGCCUUCCGGAAAGCUCGGACCACAGUUGUGACCGAAAUAUCUGCCCAGGCAUUUACGAUCCACUGGCAGAUGUUGGCGUAUGUCGUCCGGCGCUGUCUCCCUGUCUUAGUGAAUGUGUGUUCGCCUUCGGUCAUCCAUUGUUCCCACGCAGUUAGCAGUCUAGCUUCGAAUGCCCUGUUGACACCAAUAUCUAGCGGCUGGAGGUCUUUUGUCAAUCCACCCGGAAUGACGGCGAGUAUUGAAUUAAGCGCGUAAGCGUGUCUCUUAAUGUGAUGUUAUGAGCUAGCAAAUAUAACAACUACACUACCCAGCAUGCAACGAUAGUGACGAGCAUGCGCGGUAGCCCUGAGAAGCGUUGUUGUAUGCCGGCAGUUAGAAUGUGGUUAUGAGCACGCUGUGAGUAAACGUUGAGAACUCAGUUAACACGCCUCGUCUGCAUUAUUUAUAAUUAGACAGACAACACACUUAAUAGGAGCCAUUUUGGGGUCUUUACAUAAACACACAAAUGGAAAUGAAACGUCACAUAUCCCAGCAUGCACCGCGCGCUUCUUCUUCUUCUACGGGGAAAAAAGAUGGCGGCUGUUUACCGUAGUUGCGAGACCGAAACUUUAUGAAAAUUAAUAUUAAUAUUAACCCAUAUAUAAGGCGCACCGGAUUAUAAGGCGCACUGUCAGCUUUUGAGAAAAUUUGUGGUUUUUAGGUGCGCCUUAUAGUGCGGAAAAUACGGUAUUUAAAAGUUAUUCACCUGUCAAUUAUAAUGGUAAAAAAUACUAAUGAAAAAUAUGUUAAUUGCAUUUUAAAGUAUUACUUGAUUUAUUAUUAUCAUAAUUUAUGAUUACAAUAGUGUGUACAUUUGUGUAAAAAGUGAAAAUGCUGACAAAAACAUUGUUUAAGUUAAAGUUAAAGAUACAAUAACAAUGAUUGUCACACACACACACUAGGUGUGGUGAAAUGUGUCCUCUGCAUUUGACCCAUCCCCUUGUUCACCCCCUGGGAGUUGAGGGGAGCAGUGAGCAGCUUCGUUGGCCACGCCCGGGAAUAAUUUUUGGUGAUUUAACCCCAAAUUUCAACCCUUGAUGCUGAGUGCCAAGCAGGGAGGUAAUAAUAACUGAUAAUAACUGAAAUUUAUAUAGCGCUUUUCUAAGUACCCAAAGUCGCUUUACAUGUAGAACCCAUCAAUCAUUCACACCUGGUGGUGGUAAGCUACUUUCAUAGCCACAGCUUUCCUGGGGUAGACUGACAGAAGCGUGGCUGCAAUUUGCGCCAACGGCCCCUCCGACCACCACCUAUCAUUCAUCAUUCAAUUCACCGGUGUGAGUGGCACCGGGGGCAAAGGGUGAAGUGUCCCGCCCAAGGACACAACGGCAGCGAUUUUUUGGAUGGUAAGAGGCGGGGAGCGAACCUGCAACCCUCAGGUUUCUGGCACGGUUGCUCUACCCACUACGCCAUGCCGCCCAUGGUAAUGGCUCCCAUUUUUAUAGUCUUUGGUAUGACUCGGCCAGGGUUUGAACUCCCGACCUACAAAAUCUCAGGGCCACUGAGAAGUACAUCGACAAUAUAUCGUCCAACAAAAUGUGUUAUCACAUGUAUUGUUCCAAUAUUUCAUUAGUCAACUUGUAAAAAAAACCUUGAGAAAAAGAAACAUUUAAAUUAACGGAUUUAUUUAAAGAUUUGUGGGUUCAGUUUUUUGGGUCACCCUGUAUUAUUAUGUUUCAUUAUGUAUUAUUAUGUAUUUUUUACAUAUUGUCUUAUUUUCUGCAAAUCUCAUCAGGUGAUGAAAACCAAACACUGUUAAUGUACUGUAUGUCCAUCAGUCUAAACCUAUUUACUACACUAGAAAUGUCCAUACACAUAUUGCAGAAGGAUGUUUUUAAAUUGAAAGAAAAGUCUAAAAGUGAAGUGGAUUAAAUUCCUCUUUAUGAACAAGCCAAAAAACGACAACAGGCUUCUGUCAGAAGUCCCUUUGGUGCCCUCACAAAUGAUCAGAAAUCACACACACCCUUAACUUUAACAACCUAAUUGCUACAAUAAUAAACAUUUAAAAAAGUGAAAUCUACCCACAUUAACAUCGGCAAAGGAGGAGCUAACGCAUAGAGGGGGAGAAGGUAGGGGCUGUGUGUGCUCUUGGAAGUCUGCUCUGGCAUCGUUUUCCAGAAAAGUCCGGUCUCAUCACAAUUAAAACUUGCUGUGGUCUGUUGUCUUUUCGGGACUCAUAUUAGCAAAAUGGACAAAACUUACUGAAGCACUGAGCAGUGACUCGUAGUGUCAUGUGUGACACAAAAUUAAUGAAUGAAGUGUUCAUAAUUUCAUAAACUGUACAUCAAUCAAUCAAAGUUUAUUUAUACAGCCCUUGAUCACAGGUGUCUCAAAGGGCUGCACAAGCCAGAGCGACAUCGACAAGUUCUUAAAUAGAGGGGUUCGUAAACCGAGGUUCCACUGUGCUUGUUGUCUGGUACCAGUUUUUGUCGGGAAUUAGGUGGAAAUAAAUAGAAUUGAUUAACAUUGAGGAACAGGUGUGCUGGCAGGACAAGGAACAGAAAGUAAAGGUGCUGCAAAACCCAGAGACCCAACAGGAAAUGCUCACAAAAACGAGAACACAGGAAAAAUAACACACAAAGUCCAAUGACACUUUUACUUGAAAGCGUGUCAUCGAUUUGCUAAAAAUUUGGUAACAGUUUGGCCUAAAGUUCAUUCAGGGUGAAGUUUGGAGUGACAUUUCCAUUGACCGAACCACUGACCGUGUAGCAAACUGUGACCCCUCUGUUAUCCACCAUUAAGGUAAAGGAGCAUAUAUUCUCCAAAUAAAUUGUGUGACUAAUCUGCAUGUAUAUAUAUAUAUAUAUGAUUCAUGUGAUUAAUCACGUGUUAUUUUUGACAGCCCUACUUUGUACAGAUGCACAUAAUUUAUGUUCUUUUGCUUUACAAACAUGUUUUUCUUGCUCUCUAAUGGAAACGUUGAAAAAACUAGAUUGUAGUUAUGAAAUGAAGUGUCUGUCGUCGUUUGGCGUCUAUUUGCAUGGGGGGGGGGGGGGGUGUAGCAAAUAUUUUUAUGUCUGCAUUACUUGCAGCUUGAGAGUCAAACUGUUUGUUUGCUACUACUUGAUGAUUAACCCUUGUUGAAUGUGCAUUCAUGUGAAUUGUCCAGCGUCGCACUUUGUGUGCUUGUUUCGAGAAAAUGACGCAACGGAAGCCAAAGUCCCGUAUGAAGUUGAGGUCACUGGAGGUAACACGCUGAAAAAUAGACGUGCGAGACAAGAACAUUUCUCUGGCUAUUGGUACAUUUAAAAAAAUAAAAUAAAACUAAGUUUUCUCAAAAGUCCAAAAUUGGUCUUUUGAGAGGCCAAAUGUGUACAUUUAUACUACCAAAAGACAGUACAAAUAUGUACCGGCUGCAGUAAAAAAAUGGGUAACACUUUAGUAUGGGGAGCAUAUUAAUGAAUUGCUUAUUAACAUAGGGUUAGGGUUGGGAUUAGGGUUAGGGUUAGGGAAGGUCCCAGGGAAGGAGAUCCCAAGAAGGCUACAAUAGUGUGUGUGUGUGUGUGUGUGUGUGUGUGUGUGUGUGUGUGUGUGUGUGUGUGUGUGUGUGUGUGUGUGUGUGUGUGUGUGUGUGUGUGCACGCAUAAUUGGACUGUCAGGAAAAAAAAAAAUGUGCACAUUGUCAUACAUACAUAUGUAUACUGUAUAUACAUAUGUACACACAUAUAUAUGUACACUUUUAUGUAUAUAUAUAUAUAUAUAUAUAUAUAUAUAUAUAUAUAUAUA